AAGUCGUGAGUGUCAGAAGCAGCGGCACGCACAGGAAGUUUGUGAAAUUUAUCUCAACAGGAAACUGAAGUUGGAUGAUUUCUAAUAUUUAUCCUUUUUUUCUCGGUCGGCUGGCGCAAAUACGUUUCAUAUUCUGUUGUCUCGUCUAAAUCGGCGGUAAAAUUUUUUGGUUUGCAAAUUUGCACUGCGUCGUUGCUUGGCUCCCCGCGGCUCGAUAAUUUAACUUGUGUUAGCUAGCUGUCCGUUAGCAGGUCAGGUAUGACGGACGCGCUCGUGCUCGUGGAGCGCGUGGAGGCGCACCCGGACUCCCGGUGCUGGUUCGUGGCCUGGAACCCGAGCGGGACCCUGCUGGCCUCGUGCGGGGGCGACCGGGCCAUCCGGAUCUGGGGACGGGAAGGUGACUCGUGGAAAUGCAAGAGUGUCCUUGAGGAUGGCCACCAGCGCGCUGUGAGGAAGGUGGCGUGGUCUCCCUGCGGUAACUACCUUGCCUCCGCCAGCUUUGAUGCAACUACCUGUAUCUGGAAAAAGCAGAACGAUGGCUUUGAGAGUUUGACUGUCCUGGAGGGACACGAGAAUGAAGUCAAGUGUGUGGCCUGGGCAGCAUCAGGGAAUCUGCUGGCCACCUGCAGCCGAGACAAGAGUGUCUGGAUUUGGGAAGUGGAUGAAGAGGAUGAGUAUGAGUGUGUUACUGUUAAGAACUGUCACACACAAGAUGUGAAGCAUGUUGUGUGGCACCCGACUCAGGACCUGCUGGCCUCAGCCAGCUACGACAACAACAUCUGCAUUUACAAGGAGGAGGACGACGACUGGGAGUGCAAGGCCACCUUGAAGGGACACACGUCCACUGUGUGGAGUUUGUCCUUUGAUGCCGAUGGACAAAGACUGGCCUCCUGCAGCGAUGACCGCACAGUCAAGAUUUGGAAACCAUCUCCAAAUGAUGAUGGACAGGGAGACUCCUCUUGGAUGUGUGUCUGCACGCUCACAGGGUUCCACACACGCACCGUGUACGAUGUUGCUUGGUGUCAGUUCACUGGUGCCCUGGCGACUGCCUGUGGGGAUGAUGGAGUGCGUGUGUUUAAGGAGGAUGUGACCGCCCAUCCAGACCAGCCCACAUUCUACCUGGCUGCUCAUGCAAACAAGGCGCACAGCCAGGAUGUGAACAGCGUCGCCUGGAACCCAAAGGAGGCAGGACUGCUGGUCUCCUGCAGCGACAACGGAGAGAUCGCCUUCUGGAGGUUCCAGGAGAAGGACUGAACGUGAUCGACAUGGCUGCCCUCUCAACACACAGACUCAGUAUUCAUCAUUACAGGUCACAUUGGGAUAUGUGUGGCACUGCGGCUGCCAUACAUAUCAAUAAUCUGGUGAAAACCUUUUGUCUCGCAAGUAACUUUUCAGAAAGGCAACACUGUGUUCAGAUUGACCAACAGUCAUUUUUGUGAUUAGCGUUUGGGUUUGAGCAGUGUGGUGAGCCCAGUUGGUCACAGAUUUUUUUGCAACCCACAGAGGAGCAUGUAAUGCAUUUUACAGUAAAACAUAAACAUCACCAACAUUUGGGUUACAAGGUUUUUACAUUGCAACAGCAGUAUGUUAAUAUUGUUCAUUUACAUUCUUACACAGUGAAUCUGCUAGUGGUUAAGAUCAUGCUUAAUAUUAAUUUCGCACGUCAGGUCAUAAACAUGUCACUUUCAGGCCCUAAUGUCUGUCCAAAUUUAAGUUGCCUCAAGAAGGCAUGUGCUUUGUGCAUUCAUGUUUUUGUAUCAAUGCAAUUUAGAAUUUUUUUGCUGUUUGUUUAAAUAAAGUGUAAUUUAAUCAGAUUUAAUU